AUGUACGUCGACGGCAUCAUAAAAUUCGAAAAAUUCAGUGGGCUACCGUUGAAUUAUUUGGAAUCGAUGCACCUGAACUGCGAACCAAUUAUCGAGGACACCGAGGACGUUGUGAAAUAUCGGCAUUGGACAUAUGAUUUCGAAGAAUAUGAGAACGAACUCUAUAAGUCCUCAAAUAUCAAUUGUGUGAAUCCAUUGCAAAAAAAGGCUUCUAGAUGUGAAACGAUCAAUAAGUAUUUUUUCUUCGAGAAGCGGCCGCUUUCUAGUGAAGAACAAGAGUAUCCUCUUGCAUUUGGUUUCGUUGAUGAUUUUUUUGUUUAUAACAUUUUUAGUUCGUUUUUCGCUAAUAUAAUAUUAUUCGAGGUGCUACUGGAAUUAAGUAUUUUUUAUUACCCACAAAAUGCAUACUGCAUAGCAGUCGAUGGUACAGCAAGUGCGGCCUUCAAGAAAAUUAUCUUGGAAUUACCAAAAUGCUUCAAAAACAUCAAAACUAUAAUUGGAAAGCGAUCACAAUGGGGGUCAUAUGGCAUUUUGGACAAUGUAUAUCAGUGCUUUAAGUACUUAGCACAUUCGAAACAUAAUUGGAAAUAUUAUCAGUAUUUAUCCGGUUCGGAUCUACCACUGCGCACGAAUCUGGAAAUGGUUCGCAUAAUGAAAGCAUUGAAUGGGUCAAUUAACUCCGAUAUCGAUGAAUUCGAAAUGGAUCGCUAUCGAACGAUGGAGGCAUUUACUUUACAAACAAUGCCACGCGCAGCUGCCAAUUAUAUUGUACGAAGUGAGAAAGUGAAAAGGUUACUCCGAUACCUUAGCAACACAUGGAUUCCAGACGAGUCAUUCUGGACGUCAAUAGCUGGCAACGCUCCACUGCUUCGCGUACCGGGUUCUUUUCGUGCUCGGGACAUCAUCUGGCUUCGGAAGCAUCUCAAUACAAACCUACCAUGGCAAUGGACCACAAGUUCCGUUGGCACUACCUACAUUGGUCGUUACCAAGUGUGGGAAUGGCAGAAGGCUUGUUUAGGUCAAAUAAGAGCGUGGUCAUGUGUCUUCGGUGUGUUGGACGUUGCUCAAAUCGUCAAACGGCCUGAGUUGAUCGUCCACAAAUUGGACUUGAAGUUUGAACCAGCGGCAUUCAUGUGCAUUUUGAAGGAGAUUCGCUACCGCAGUCAUAAUCCAAUUGAAUUCGAUGCCACAAGUUACAGUGAAAUGCCCACAGUAGAGCUGUAUAGUGGUAAAAGAAUCACAGAGCUUACACACCCAGACUGGCUGCUUUUGAGUUCUUUCUAUCGACUUUGA